AUGGUUCAUCUUCUUGCUCGAACAUUGGAAGCUGAAGAAGCUAUCCGCGAUGAGUGUGCCAAUGCCAUAUUAGAUUUGGUAGGAGAAGCUCGGAGAUGCUAUUCACAGUAUAUAGACUUGGACAAGUACAAACUAGCUAUGAUAUUGCUAGUUGAUGGCUGCUUCAUACUUGAACUCUUUUUGAGGUACUCAGAUAUUGAGAACCAGGAGGAGACGGAGGAGGAGGAUGCAGUUAACGACGACCCUGUUGUGCCCGGGGGCUCAUCAAUAGACCCCAUUAUUAAUGAUUCUCGGAUUGUUGCAACUCUUCAACAUGAUUUGGCACUACUUGAGAACCAGAUUCCCUUCUUUGUUUUGCUGACUCUGUUUGACCUUAUAAAUAAGUCUGUGACAUUACCACACACACUUACUAAGUAUGCUUUGCUUUUCUUUCAAUCGGCUUUGGGAUUUAGCGACGAGUCAGUUGCAAAUUGUGCCACACAACUUUUGAAGACAGGAAUUCAACUUCAUGGCAACACCGAGGCCAUCGCAGAAGAAAAUUUCUUAGCCAUAGAGUUCCAUGAUGGAGUGGUUAAAAUGCCAUCAUUACGAAUACACGAAGCUACAGAAUCAAUCUUUCGAAAUCUGAUUGCUUUUGAGCAAUGCAACAUCAUUGGUACUUCUCAUUACAUUGCAUCAUAUGCAUUUCUUAUGAGAAGUAUCCUCCGUUCCUCGCGUGAUGUUGACCUUCUUAAAGAAAAAAGGAUCAUAAAGGAUAUGAAUAGUGGUGAUGGUGGUGGUGAAGAUCUUGCGAUUUUCUUCAAAUCACUGUGUGAGGGAGUUGUGUUAAAGGACUUCUAUUUUUCCGAUUUGUGCGAGAUGGUAAACGAAUACUACUCCUACCGCACGUCUUGGUUGCACUGGCGCAGACUUUUUUUGAACUGGCGAAGACUUAAAGCGAUAACGAAGGACAAGUGGCGUGAAUCUAUGUCGGACUUGCAUAAAAAAUAUUUCUCCAAUAUAGGGGCUACAAUAUCAAUCACAACAGCCUUGCUUCUCAUCUUCACCGGCAUUCAAACUGUCUACGCUGUCAUUUCCUAUUAUCAUCAUCAUCUCUAA